AUGAAGAAUCCUGGACGCAAGAACUCAGACACUAUAGAAUACAAACCAUCCAAGCGCAAGAAGUCCGCAGACAGCCCUGUGGAGUAUUCAACUCGCUGGCCCGACUGGGAAGAGCAGAAACAACUAGGCAAAAAGUUUCGUGAAGUUGGCGAAGGCAAUUGGCCGGCUGCAGAUAUCUUGGAGGAAAGACAAUCCGGCAAGAAGAAGGAAUAUCUGGUUUCCUGGGAACCACAUCCAAAGACCAAGGAAAUCUGGGAACCAACUUGGGUGCCUUCUGCUAAUGUCAACGAGGCACUCUUAGACUCGUGGAAGAAUAAGAACAAAAGCAGAACGCGGCACUCACCACCCGAUAGACAAGGUAGCCGGUUUUCGAAUGGGCAGUCGGUGAGUGGGGUGGCAAGACGACCGCGACAAACACGCACAGUCCAAGAUUCCAGUGAAAUCGGGUCUCAGGCCGCUGUCAGACCAACUACAAGAGCGUCCUCGUCCAGCGGAUUGACGAACGGCUCGCGCACCCCGAGACAGCUGGGGGCUUCAAGACACUCCUCUGUGACUCCCACAACUCUACGCUCAUCAUCCCCUGUUGAAAUAGCAGAGACACAGCACGAGGUGUCGGAGCCGGUGUCUAUAUCAAUAAGCAUCCCUGCCGCCCACAUCAACAAAGCCGACUACGAGUCAAUCCACAGCUCCCAGAUAUACUCGGAGGGCGGCUUGAUAAACUCUUCGCCGCCAUCACAGAGUCAGAGUCAGAGUCAGAUCCUAGCCCUCAAUUAUUCUUCUCAGCCAGCGCUGAGACACACUCCUUCGAAACGAAAACAUCCUGUUCUCCCUGAUUCAUCGUACGACCUGGCUUCUGGUCAAGACCUCGAUACUACGUCGUCCAAACCUACACAUCGAUUAAGUGACGCAAGAAGUAGACGCGCCACGCGAUCUACUGACAGAGAAAAUCAACCGUUAUCGCCACCUAGAGCCGUGCUCUUCACAGAUCAGUCGCCGCGGACGACUGCACUGGCAUCAAAGCCGCCAGAGCCUCUCAACCAGGAAAUAGUCAUCUUGGACGAUUCUCCCGCAUCGAGCAGAUUUUCAAGUCCCCAGUACGUGCCUAGUACUGAGCAGCAUUCCGACCAACCACGAGAAGCUAGUGAGCAGCUGAAUUCGAAUCAGCGCCGUCAAGUCCUUUCUAUCGCCGAACUGACUGGCGAAGCACCUUCGCAGCCUCGGGCGUCGCCUCCUUCGGAUACGUCCCCCCAGCAGGACGGUAGCUCCUCUACGCCUUGGGAGUUCAAGACACAGGCACUUACUCAGCACAUUUCGGGUCUCUCCUCGCUCGAGGUAGCGUCGCAAAGUUCCAACGGUAAGAGACAUCUAUUCGAAGGGUUUCGAUCACCCGUCCGGUCAAUAACUCCUCAACGCCAUCCUGAAGCAAACAUGGCUGCUGAUAUACCGUCACCUGGAUCCUACAAUCCUCGCCCGAUUGCUGCGUCUCCAAAGGCGUCGGAGUUGUUAACCCGAAUGCCGACAGGAGGACUAUUGGCUGGAGAGGCAGGAGUCGGGGACAAGGAAACUCAGGGUGUAACUUCUUCGGCCAACAGGAUGGAUCUCUCUGCAGAUCCCAUCAGCAUCUCAUCAACUGAUGCUCGACAGGAUGCGUCGCAGGAUGGUGCAUUUGUGCCACAAGCUCCAACUUAUGAUCUGCCGUUCCCAAGUGCACUCCCCAUCCAGAAGUCCAUCGAAGAGGAACCACAUUAUUUCCACGACGAACAGUCGUCGAACGAAUCGAAAGCGAGCUCGAGUCAACAGUCCGUAGAUAAUGAACGGGACGUUGACCAAGUUGAUGGAUUGGUUCAGCCGAGCCAUCCCAUCCUUGGACCCGCAGAGUAUGCUCUUGCUUUACCUGCCGAAGGGAAGGUCCAGUCUACCUAUCUCGACACCAUCAAUGCCAAACGAAAGGCCAUAUUGAAAUUUAUCAACCGGCACGAAUCGAUCGGCUCGUCGAACGGAUCUCCCAACCGGACCCAUGAAAGAAACGAGAUGGUUGAGCUGAUUCAACGACUGCACGACACAACCACGCAUCUUGAUCUGGGGCUGCCUGGGUUUGGCGCUCAGUAUUCCACCCAAUCCGAACAUCACGCCGCAUAUGCGAACUAUGCAGGCUCCAAAUUUUCCUUCCUUGGACAUCUAGUCGAUAUGCUUAAGCGUGUGGAAUGCUCCAUCAUAGUCAUGGCUCGAGCAGGCCCGAUCCAAGACCUUCUCGAACAGUAUUUGACAUUGAAACAUAUCAAUGUGAGACGGCAAGACCGGAUGGCGGCGUCGAAAUCACCCACGCCCGACAGACCUAGCACGGAAUUCCAAGUCCAUCUUGUCAGCACCAUGUCAACGCAUCAAGUUUCAUUCUCUCCCAAACCGAUCUUGAUGAUUGCGUUUGACGCAUCUUUCGACUCACAAGAUCCUCAGGUGAUGCGCAUCCGAAGCCACUUUGCGCCCAAGCCUCCCACUCCCAUGCCAGUGAUCCAUCUAUUGAUUUCCAACUCGUCAGAGCACGUCGACCGUUGUCUGCCGAAAAGCUUGCCGUCUCCAAUGAGGUUGAAGGCACUUGUUCGUGCGACGUAUCAGGCCCGGCCGAAUCUCGGAGGCAAACCAACCUACGUCCCGGAUGUGUCAGACGAACCCGAAGGAAGACCCAUGGAUUUCUCAGACCUCCAACGGGCUCUCCGGAAAAGUCCCGAAAGAAAGCUCAUCAUGCUGGCCUCGAUCGUGGCAAGGGCCUCUUUGGCGCAGAACUUCGAUGACAAUUGGAAUUUGGGCUCGUUGCCUGAACUGCAGCUGACCGAGAUAGAUGAUGCACCGCCAAAAGGCAGUGGUACCACCACGGUGUCUGAAACGCCGAAAGAGCCUCUUCCUCGCUCUAGAACUCCUGUCUCGCGCGCGGAUACGCCGUCGGGCCGGAAGCGGUUGUUGGAGGUCGACUCGGUGCUUCCUCCACUGGUCAAGCGGCAACGUAUGACGCCAUUGCGGGACGCGCUGGAAGCUGGUCACGCCCCUGGUGAUGCAAGUAGUCAACUAGCACAACUUGAAGAGCUACUCAACAAGUUGCAGGCUGAUCUUGUCACCGAGAAAGAAGGCCGAAAGAAAGCCGAGGCAGAACGAAAUCAUGUCCAAGAACAGUUGGACCAAUGGAAAAAGGACCAUGCAGCUUUGCAACGAAGAUAUGAAAAACGAAUGACGAAAUGCCAUGAUCUAGAAAGUGGGAACAAGAAACUUCUGAAGACGAUUGAGAAUAACAAAGCCCGGCAAGAGAGGGUCGCCGAAGACAACAGCAAUCUGAAGAAGAAGGUGGCGGAACUCCGAGGCGAACUGACAAGCGUGCGUGAUGAAAUCAAAGCCGGAGGAGGAGAUGCUGCGGCUCUGGAGGCUGCAAGAGAAGAGGCGCGGACUCUGCUGGCCAAGAACACCCACCUCGAGAAAUCACUUGAGAACACACGCAAGGAUUUCGAGUUCACGCGGGCCCAGUAUCAAGAUGCAUCGAACAAAGCCGCAGAGUUCGCAACCCAGGUGAGGGAGCUAGAAGAGAAGGUGACGCAUUUGACCAAAGAGGCUGGCGACGAGAAACGCCGUCUCAAGGAAGCCAAUUUCGAGGCCAGCAUCAAGCGACAUCUGGCCAAGAUCUCGGAGUUGGAGCUCGAACGCAAGUCAAAGGACACACUGCUGCGCAAGCUCGAAGAAGAGAAUCGUGCCUUGAAGCGGAAUCGAGGCGUCCAGACGCGUGGGUCGAGCGUGCAACCUCCAGGCAGUCCAGGGCUUGAUGGCCAUGUAGGGAGAGGACCACGGAGUCGACCGAGUAGCCCGGCCCCAGGAUUGUUUGCUAGCGGAGGACAUCACUCUGGUGGAUCCAACCGGGGCAGUCUGUUGCGGCAUGAGCGAUGA